AUGAAACUCUCUUUCAACAACCGAAAGGCCGAAUCAGAUGGCAAAGGUCCCACAUUUGUCCCGAUUGAAGUUGAGGAGGCUCUCAAAGUUGCCCCUGAGGUUCGAGACUACGCUGGAGCGCAUGCGAAGUACGACCCAGCCGAAAUUGCCCUAGUACGCCGGCUCGACUGUAUGAUCAUGCCCGUUCUCUGGUUCAUGUACUGGCUCAAUUACUUGGAUCGUAAUGCCAUCGCCCUCGCGAGACUUAACACCCUCGAAGAAGAUCUCAACCUCUCCUCGACAGAAUACCAAACAUGCGUCUCCAUCCUCUUCGUCGGAUACGUCAUCGUCGGUAUUCCCGCCAACAUGGUCGUAACACGCGUCCGCCCGAGCCUCUGGAUGAGCUCCUGUAUGGGUGUCUGGGCCAUCAUCAGCGCCCUCACCGCAGUCAGCCAGAACUACACGGGCUUGCUACUCACUCGCUUCUUCCUCGGCAUCACCGAAGCUCCGUACUACCCUGGUGCUCUUUACGUUCUCGCCACGUUCUACACCCGCAAAGAGUUGGCGACGAGGAUAUCAAUCCUGUAUACGGGAAAUAUCCUCGCAACGGCAUUUGCUGGCUUGAUCGCGCUAGGAAUCUUCCAGAUGCAUGGGAUGUCCGGCAUCGCAGGCUGGAGAUGGCUCUUCAUCAUCCAGGGCGUAGUCACCUUCAUAAUCGCCAUAAUAGCCUUCUUCAUCCUGCCCGACGAACCCCUCACGACGCGAUGGCUCACCCCUGAAGAGCGCAUCCUAGCCAACGAGCGUAUCCUACGAGAUACUGUCGGAAACACUGGCCAGACGACUACCUGGUCUGGUCUCCUCGAGGCUGCCAAAGAUCCCAAGGUCUGGCUUUUCACCGUAAUGCAGCACUGCCACCUGGGCGCGAACGGUUUCAAGAACUUUUUCCCGACUGCGGUUGAGACGUUGGGGUUUGAUGAGACUAUUACGUUGGUGCUUACUUGCCCGCCGUAUCUCAUUGCUGGGAUAAUAUCGAUUGCAUGGUCUUGGUCUUCUGGGAGGUUCAAUGAACGUACUUGGCACAUCACCAUAGCAAAGACAGUUGCUGUGUUUGGCUUUAUCCUUGGCUGCGCCACACUCAACACUGGUGCCAGAUACUUCUCCAUGGUCGUCUUCUCCGUCGGCACAUAUGCAGUGAAUUCAAUCAUACUAGGGUGGGUCUCGGCGACUUGCUCCCAGACGAAGGAAAAGAAGGCGUCCUCCCUGGCCAUCGUCAACUGCAUCGCCGUCGCAUCCUUCAUCUGGACACCCUACAUGUGGCCCAAGUCGGAUGAGCCCCGAUACGUCAUGGCGAUGUCUUCGAGCGCGGCGCUCAGCGUUGCGACUGCUAUGGGUGCCUGGGCGAUGCGGUUCUGGCUCAUGAGUGAGAACAAGAAGAUUCGGCAAUCUGAGAGUGAGAAUAUUCUGUUUUAUGCGUAUUGAGGUUCUGGUCAGGUAGAGACUGCAGGAUGCUUGGAA